UGUGUGUUUAAAAAUAUAACAGAACAAUAUGUUGUGUCUCUACCUUUCUUCUCUGGUGCUUAUGUUGGGCAGGUGCAAGGCAGAGACAACAGAACAACAAACCAUUUGACAAGUUUCAAUUAACAUAUAAGCAAGUUGAAUUUUCUAAUUAAAUAAUACUCGCCGAUAUACAAACAGACGAAAUAUCUCAAGGUGACGGCAAUGAAAAGUGGGAGACCAAAGCAUGUCCACACGAACAACACUCCAACACCCAGCGAAAACAAAAAGGCGAAAACGAUAGUUGUGGAGUUUGAAGUGUAGGCUAAUCAGAGAAAUGUCCUCAAGGCGUAGCUCUGUACGUCGAAGUCGCAAGGAGAAGCCAGCAUUUGAUCGAUUUAAAAGUCACUGUCGUCACUUUACUGCGUUUAUGUUUAGCAAUGUGGGCAUUAUACUGUUAGUGACAUUCUAUACAAUUGGUGGUGCCUUCAUAUUCCAGGGCAUUGAAAUAUUUGAGUACGAAAAACUCAAAUUGAACUCAACGCAGAACGUGAAUUUUAGUGCCGAUUGCUUGACGCGGAUCUGGCAAUUAACAUCGGAAAACAUUAGUUUCUAUGAUCAUCAAGCUUAUAGAAAAAGAGUCAACGACGUUUUGCUAGAAUACCAAAAGCAAAUUGUCGACAAACAACUUAAUGGAUCGCAUGUGGAGCAAUGGAGUUUUUCCGGAGCCUUCCUGUACUCAUUGACUGUCAUUACGACCAUAGGUUAUGGCAACAUAACGCCUCGAUCCGAAUGGGGGAAACUGGUAACGAUUUUAUAUGCCAUUAUUGGAAUGCCUUUGUUUUUGCUAUAUUUGUCCAAUAUUGGAGAUGUAUUGGCCAAGUCAUUCAAAUGGAUUUACUCCAAGGUUUGCCUAUGUCGCAUAUGCCCAGGCGUGGCUAAGCGCCGAAUUCUACGUGAGCGGAGUAAAAUGCGAAGAUUAGCGAAAGCGAUGUAUGACAUGGAAAAUGUGCGCAGUAGCUAUUCUACAUCUACUAGCUCUACGACCAACAGUAGCAGCGAUAAUACAAAAAAUUCGUUGCAAACGUCAAGUGUUGUGGAUAUGCCGUUUAGUGAAUCUGAUUCGGAUAUUGAACGCGAGAUUCGUGGCAACACGGAUGAGAUUACUGUACCAGUGACGGUCUGUAUAUUUGUGAUGGUCAGUUAUAUUUUAUGGGGAGCUCUACUGUUUGGCCGCUGGGAAGAAUGGAACUAUUUAGAUGGUAGCUAUUUUUGUUUCAUCUCGUUAAGCAGCAUCGGUUUUGGAGACUUAGUACCCGGAGAUAAAGUGAUUACAGCUGAUAAAGACAAAGUUGAAGUAAGCUUCAUUCUGUGCGCUGUUUACUUACUACUGGGUAUGGCUCUCAUAGCUAUGUGUUUUAAUUUAAUGCAGGAAGAAGUUGUGCAUAAUAUACGCGCUAUUAAGCGAGGAUUUAAAGCCUGUUUCCGUUGCUAUAGUUCAUAGAUUCGUUUAGAUAUUUUGUAUCGUAUCAAUUCGUUUUUUAUUUUUAAGAUAAGUUUGUAAUUAGACUUACACAUACAGUGGCGAAAGAAUGUUUGUUCUUGGUUUACAUAGAGCAACCACCAACAACCACCUUAUUUAUUUCUACAUUAAUCAUAGAGCAAGCAAAAAACUAAUUAAGAACCCAAUUAUUCAAUAUACACCCUUGUGGGCUUCGAGUAAGUUUU